UCCUCAGGCAGCAAGCAAAAAUACAAUAAAAAGGAAGAUAAUAAGCAAAGAGAGCAGCACAGGCACAUCUCUAAAAUCUUUUUUUUUAUAUAUAUAAAAAGAAUUAUCAAAAUGGAGAUGAAGAAGGUUGCCUGCGCCGCUGUCAUCUUUGCCGCCGCCUCAAUGAGCGCAGUUCUGGCCGACGAGCUGGCCCCCGCCGCCGCCCCUUCCCUUGACGUUGUUGCCGGAGGUCCUGCCGCCGGUGGGCCUGCCGCCGGUGGGCCUGCCGCCGGACCAGCUGCUGAAGCCGCAGCGAAGAGCGCCGCCGUUGUCGGCAGCGUACCGUUCGUGGCUGUCUCCCUGAUGUCUACACUUGUUGCCUACUUGCUCCCUUAAAUUAUUUAAAAACUUUAUGCAAUGUGUGUAUGUGUAUGACUCAUCAUCAUAUGUAUUAUGGGAGCGGGAUUGAAUUGAGUUAAAAAAAAAAAUUUACGAGAAUGCGUUGUCAUUGUUCCAUACGGGAAGAAUUCAUAGCGUGUUUAUCCUUCAUUACAUAGUUUAUGAAUCGAUUGAUAAUUUACGCUAAAUCAAUUGAACGACGAAAACGAAAGAUUAUAUUAAAGAGAGAAACACGAAAGCAGGACUUGAAGAAUUGAUUGUUGACAUCUGGAAUUAAUUGUUUGGUUAUAAUCGUCAAGAGUUAGAUUUCUCGGCCACAAUUGCACGUAAUAAAUAUAUGGAAGUCCGAAUCGUUUUUCAAGCGACACGAAUAAAGGAAAUAAUUCAUUUCUACAUCGUUACGAAUAUUGGCAAGUUAAACUAGUGAUUACACACUUACAUAUACCCCUAUAAUAAUCCUCACUAUCAUUACACCAUGUUAUAGAUACACACUGGCUUUGAGUUUUAAAUUACCCCUAACUCACAUGCAUGUUAAUCAUAUGUAUCCUUCUUUUGUGUACUUUUUAUUUUAUUUGAGAUGGUGACAAGGGAAAGCAUAAAUUAAUUAGGGUAAUACCGACACGUACAACCCAAGAAGUAUCACUAUGAUUAGAGUAUAAGGGUCUUAGCAAUAUUUUAGACUAUUUAAAAAAAGCGGUUGAUUAUUUGGAUUGGUUCUCGUAUCCCUGUGCCCAAAAGGAUCGGCGAGUUCGGUUUGAGUCUUCAUCGAUCGGGUGGAUCUAUAUGCUUCGGGGGAUGAGACGAGGUAUAGCGCAGUUUGGUCAGCGCAUCUGUUUUGGGUACAGAGGGCCAUAGGUUCGAAUCCUGUCACCUUGAUGUUUUUUAAUGUAUACCUAAACAAAGUAGUAUUAUCUCUUGUUUUGAUGUUCACUUUUUUAUGUAUUUGUGAGAAACUCUACCAUACAUAAGUGGUGGUACAAUAUCAAGUGAUUUUUCCAGAAAUAGCACUGUUUAAAAAACAAAUUCCUAAAAUAGCACCUAAGUCCGAAAAAUUCCAAAAAUAGCACCCUUUUCCAAAAACCGCUCCCUACCAGUGCGGUUUAGGCGAAAACCGCCAUCCAGGGGCGCGUUUUUCGAUAAAAACCGCACCCCCAGGGGGCGGUUUUGCAGACCGCACUCCCACCAUGCGAUUUGGUUGCAGAUCGCACCCCCAGGGUGAGAUUUGGUUGCAGAUCGCACACCCAGGGUGCGAUCUGUUUUUUUUUUUUUUUUUUUUUUUGAAAAAUCCUAACCUAGGUGGAAAUUUCAAACGGACGUAUCUUUGUGUUCGAGUAUCCAAUCGUCGCAAAAUUUUUUUUGAUUCCGCAUAACUUUUUGAGAUCUUGCAAGCCAAAGGUGGUUUGGUCCCGCCUUCAUCCCAAAAAAUGUCGUUUGCUAUUUUUCCGAUUUCGUCAAACUUUGGACAACCAUAACUUUGUGCUCCAAAAUCCAAACAACAUGAAUUUUUUUUUUAUUUCGCAUAACUUUUUAAGGACUACAACUUUUAUCAUAGACACAAUUUCAAAAUAUACGUGGAUUGCUGAGAAGGGAAGGUAAGCUAUUCCCAAAAUCCUGUAUAUCCAAAAAUAAUUCCUGUUUUGAAAAUUCAUUCUAGUAAAAAUUGUAGUCCUUAAAAAGUUAUGCGAAAUAAAAAAAAAUUCAUGUUGUUUGGAUUUUGGAGCACAAAGUUAUGGUUGUCCAAAGUUUGACAAAAUCGGAAAAAAGCUCGUUCGGGGUAGCAAACGACAUUUUUUAGGACGAAGGCAGUAUCAAACCACCUUCGACUUGCAAGAUCUCAAAAAGUUAUGCGGAAUCAAAAAACAAUUCGCGA